AUGUUUUCUAUGAGAUUUACUAGUAACAUGAAACUCAGUAACCAAACAACUGUUUUAGAAUUCCAUCUUUUGGGACUGACAGAUGACCCAGAGCUACAGCCCCUCAUCUUCAGCCUGUUCCUGUCCAUGUUCCUGGUCACAGUGCUUGGGAAUCUACUCAUCAUCCUGGCUGUUAGCUCUGACUCCCACCUCCGCACCCCCAUGUACUUCUUCCUCUCUAACCUGUCCUUCAUUGAUAUCUCUGUAAGCACAAUCGUGCUUCCAAAGAUGCUCAUGAACAUCCAAGCACAGGAUCAGAGCAUCACCUACACAGGCUGUCUCUCCUGGGACUGCUUAGCUGUGCUUUGUAGUGGCUUGGAAAAUUGUCUGCUUGCUGUCAUGGCCUAUGACCACUAUGUGACCAUUUGUCAUCCUCUGAGGUACACAGUCAUCAUGAGCCCCUGCCUCUGUGUCCUGAUGGUUCUACUUUCCCUGCUCAUUAGCACUGUGCACACCCUGCUCCACACUUUCAUGGUACUGUGGCUGUCCUUCUGCACAGACCUGGAGAUCCUCCACUUCUUCUGUGAACUUGCUCAGGUCAUCAAGCUCGCCUGCUCUGAUACCUUCAUCAACCUGCUGGUAUACAUAGUGGGUGUCAUAUUUUUUGGUGUACCUCUUUUUGGGAUUAUUUUCUCUUAUAUACAAAUUGUCUCCUCUAUUCUGAGGAUCCCAUCAGUGGGGGGAAGGUACAAAGCCUUUUCCACCUGUGGGUCUCACCUCUCAGUGGUGUCCUUGUUCUACGGGACAGGUUUUGAAGUCUAUGUAAGUUCUGCAGUUACUGACUCCUCCAUUAAAAAUGUAGUGGCUUCAGUGAUGUACACUGUGAUCCCUCCAACACUGAAACCCCUUAUCUAUAGUUUGAGGAACAAGGAAAUGAAGGGAGCCUUGAGGAGUCUCAUUGUUGGACUAUCUUUUGUGUGA